AUGUCCAACAACCUCGACCAGGACUGGACCAUCAUCAUUGGUGCAGGCAUAGUCGGAUCAUCGCUAGCCUAUUUUCUUUCCGAAUCAACACCAAAAGCGAAUAUCCUUGUCCUCGAUCGCUCUCUCAGCACGAUCGCUGGCUCAACUGGCUAUGCUCCAGGUUUCGUCGGCCAAUACAACGAAAAGUCAUCAUUGACCAAACUCGCCAUCGAAUCGGUCAGAGAAUAUUCAAAGCUCAAUACCGGAUUCUCUCGCAAUGGAGGUCUGGAAAUAGCAUCUACAGAUGCAGGAAUCAAGAUGUUGCAUUCGAGAUUGGAGGCGUGCAAGAAAACGGGGCUUCCAGCACGACUGCUUGAUGGAGAAGAGAUCAAAACCUUGGGUCUUCCAAUACUUGAUCCCUCUUCGGGAACUAAAGCGCUGUUCUUUCCUGAUGAUGGUGUUGCAGAACCUAAAGUACUGUGCUCUGCAUAUCGCGACAUGGCAUCAAGCAAUGGCGUCAACUUCAAAGAAGCAUCUGUCUCAGAGAUUACAGUAGAAGACAACGCCAUCACAGGAGUCAUCCUCGAGAGCGGAGAAGUUCUCCCGUGCCAAAAGCUCGUUCUAGCCACUGGUAUUUGGACAGCCUCACUGCUCCAGAAAUCGGCUGCGAUGCCUUUCGUGCCCGUGGUGCCUGUCAGUCACCCUUAUGUCUACGCAAAGGAUAGACAGCAUGAUUUGCUCCCCACUCCAUUCAUGAGAUGGCCUGAAUCCCAUGUCUACUCGCGAGACCACGGAUCCCGAUAUGGAGUAGGAACCUAUGACCACCCACCCCAACAGGUUUCUUCUCUAAGAAACACAGCCACAGUGCCCUGGUCCAACGAAAUCUUCGACCCUGCCAUGAAACGAGCAAUCUCCGAUAGAUUCACACCUGAAGCAGGAUUCAUCCAAGAAGCUCCUUUCGGUGCUGAAAGAGUUGGAGGUGUUUUCUCAGUCACACCUGAUAACAUGCCUUUGCUUGGAUCUGUCACUGGAGUGCAAGGAUUGUGGAUGGCAGUCGCCAUAUGGGUAACACAUGCCGCUGGAUGUGCGAGAAUGCUCGAAAAGAUGAUGCUGGGCGAGGCUUAUGAUGAGGAAAUCGCGAGCGACUUGGAUCCUAUGAGAUUUGCUGGAGGAGAUGCCGAAAAGCUCGAGCGAAUUGCGCUAAAGCAGUAUAAUGAUAUCUAUAACACUGAUCAUUGA